AUGUCUACUCUUAUCCAAACUUACCAAGAACCUCUCUCAACUCCUUCUCCUAAACCCUUCCCUAAAGAUGUUUCUGUGCCUUUAAACUAUCUUGCUUCCCAAGUACAAGACACUUAUUACUAUAUCCGAGAACCUGCUCCAGGUCAGGCCCCCUCAAAUGUCUCCCAUGAACCCCAUACUGUCCCUGUCAAAGACUUGCGUGUGGCUUCCAAGUCUGCAGCAUUGAACCUUGAAACUUCUGGAUUUGAACUUUUCGAAGAUCCCUCUGCUCGCGAAUGGUUCGAUUAUACUCUCUUUAAUGAUGAUGCGCGUGUCGAAGCAGAAUACUAUCCACGCAUUGAGGCCCUGCUACGUCGCAAGUUCCCAGAUGCAAAGGAAAUUGUAAUCUUUGACCAUACUAUUCGCCGCAGAGACCCUACCACUGAAGAUCAGGUUGGCGCAAGACAACCUGUCCAAGCUGUCCAUGUCGAUCAAUCGCCUGCCGCAGCUCGUCAGCGUGUGCGCAGAUACCGUGAGAAAAUUGGUGAUGCUCGUGCUUCAGACCCUCGCCCGAAUUUCCAGCUAAUCAACAUUUGGCGGCCUCUUUUUGAUGACCUUGAAGAUAGUCCUCUUGCAUUUGCUGAUUUCCGUUCUAUCAAUUACAAACCUACCACUGCUCCUGGAGAACUUGAAAGUUUGGAUGCCCCGCGUGAGCGUGGAGAUUUGGCAGCCUCGGAUCUCAUCUAUCCUGAGUUCCGAGGCCAAACUUUCCGCGUGCGGUAUAACCCAUCACAUAAAUGGUACUAUAUUCCUGAUCAACGCACCGAUGAAGUCACGCUUCUCAAGUGCUACGAUUCUCGUGCCGAGCACGACCCUGAAAGUGGUAUUGCGCUUUUUGCCCCGCACACAUCUUUCACGAAUCCUCUUGCUGGUCCCACUUCUCGUCUCCGUGAAAGUAUUGAGAUCCGUACUCUUAUUUUUUUCUAA